CCGCGCGAUUUCAAACGCUAAAACAGUUGUGUUCGAUUGUAAUUAUCUUACUUGAGUGUUAUGCAACUUGGGUGUAACUUGCGUUCUACAGUUUGUAACUCGGAUAUUUGAUAAAAAUGAAACCAGUACGUCCCAAGACUCCAAGAAAACCACUGACAAAGUUAAAAUCUUCUGCAAAAGAUCCUAUAGAAGUGUAUUGUAGAAUCAGACCCUUAGACAAUGAAUAUGAUCAAAUCUGUGUUCGAGCAAAAGAUGAGAAAACUGUUGUUUUAUUCCCACCUGAUCUUUCUCAAACAUCUAGAAUAUUUAAAGAAGUGCAUUAUUCAUUUCAACGAGUAUUUAAUGAGAGAACAACACAAAAAGAAUUGUUUGAUCACGUGGCUUUGCCUUUAGUCAGUGAUCUUCUGCAAGGUAACAAUGGUUUAUUAUUUACAUAUGGAAUAACAUCAUCAGGUAAGACACACACUAUGACUGGAAAUCCUCAGGAUGGGGGAUUAUUACCCAGAAGUCUUGAUGUUAUAUUUAACAGCAUAAAAGAUUUUCAAGCCACAAAAUUUGUAUUUAAACCUGAUAGACUUAAUGGUUUUGAUAUACAAUCUACAGCUGAAGCUCUAUUAGAUCAGCAAAAAGAACUUGGCAUUUUUAACAGAACUCCAAAACUCAAAAGGAAAGAAACUAUUGGAGAUUGGUGUAACAGAGUUCCAGAUCCAACAGUAGUAACUGAAAUUUUGCCAGAUAUGAAUUACGCAGUAUUUGUAUCCUAUGUUGAAAUAUACAACAAUUAUAUCUAUGAUCUAUUAGAAGAAUCUCCUAUUGAUGCUAAGAGAAUUAAGAAUUUUAACUCAAAAAUGUUACGAGAAGAUGCUUCUAAAAACAUGUACGUUUUUGGUGUGGUUGAAAGUGAAGUAAAAACUGUUGAAGAAGCUCUUGAGCUAUUUUAUAAAGGCCAGCAAAGACGUAGAGUAUCCCACACAGCGCUUAAUACAGAGUCUAGUCGUAGCCACAGUGUUUUUACAAUCCGUAUUGCACAGGCCCCUCUUGAUCCUCUAGGAGCAGAAAUAUUGCAGGAUAAAGAUCAAGUAGUUGUCAGCCAGUUAUCACUUGUUGAUCUUGCAGGCAGUGAACGCCCACUGAGAACUAGGAAUACAGGACAAAAACUACGUGAAGCAGGGAAUAUAAAUGCUUCAUUGAUGGCUUUGAGAACUUGCAUUGAAGCUUUAAGAGAAUCACAAACUCAAGGAGCAUCAAAGAUGGUUCCGUAUCGAGAGAGUAAACUUACUCAUUUAUUCAAAACAUUUUUUGAAGGUGAAGGAAGAAUAAGAAUGAUUGUCUGUAUAAAUCCUCGAGCUGAUGAUUAUGAUGAAACAACACAUGUUAUGAGAUUUGCUGAAAUGACUCAAGAUGUAUUGAUUACAAGACCAACUCCAGUAUCAACUCCAACCCUAUUGGGCUUAAAAUCGGGAAGAGGCAAUAUUUAUCGGGAAGCUAUCAAACGUGCUAAAGAACAAGGAGUUCCAGUAUCUGAGGUUUUGGCACCAGCAGUUUACAGUUUGGGUCCAGAAUUUCCCCAGCUUAUUGUUCAUACUUCUGAUGAUGAAUCAAUUUAUAUAAAUUUGAUUGAAUUUCUCACGAAUAGAAUGGCACGUAGAAAUUCCUUUGCUCAAGACUUGAUUAGAAGGCAGGAAGAUUUCAGAAAAAAUUUAAUGGAUGUAGAUAAAGAAAAUGUUCAACUAAAACAGGAAAAAACUAUUUUACAAAUGGAUUUGGAUGCUCGUGAACAACAAGUUAGAUCUUUGGAAAGAAAACUUUCUGCAUCAGAACAGAGUGUAGAAAUUUUACAGAAACAAUUAUCAGAUGCCAAGAAUGAAGUAGAAGCUGCAAAAUUUCAGAUGAGCACCAAAGAUAAAAUCCUCUCAGAGCAGGAAAAAGAAGUUCAACAUGUUAAAUUGAAAAUGCAAGAAAAACUAGCUUUAGAAAAAGAUCGCAUGAGAAGAAUGAUGGAGAAGAGAUUAGCUGCUAAACAAGCAGAAUUGGAAAGGAAAAUGUGUAUCACUGAUGAAAAAUUUCGUCAGUUGCGAGAAAUUCUUAAUGCUGAUGAUUGGGAAUAUUAUGGAGACCUAUGGGGUGGUGCUGCUGCUGCUGCCCCAACACCAUCUAGUGUGACUUCAACUUCAACUUAUGAAUCAACUAAGCCUGAGACAAGAUCCUAUAAGAGGCGUAAAUCUUCCCUUGAAGAACCUUCAGUACCAGAAACAAGAUUUCCUAAAGCAAAAUCAGCUGUUGAUUUUGUGUCUGGAGUUGGCAAACAGAGUGCUUCUACUUUUCAAGUAGAUACUGAUUAUACACAUGGAAAAGAAAAUAAACCACCGAGUACAUCUCAGAAAAGUGUAGCUAUUGCAAAUCCCCGGCACAGGAGGUCUCAGUCCACUUCUGGUGAUGUAUGGAUAGAACACAAACCUGUAGGAAAUCUUGAACUAAACACUGUUUUACAACCUACUAUGAGAAAAAAGAAAUCUGUUAGUAAAUUAGAAGUAAAAGAUGUUGUCAAAUCUGACGUCUCAAAAUAUGUCCUUGAGCAUCAAGAGCAGGAUUCACAGGGAGAAGUGGAAACACAGCUGUAUAAGGCUGAUGUAAUACCAUCUGCUGGAGGUGGAGUUCAAGUCAUUUUCAAUGAUGUUGAGAAAUUACGACAAGUGUCACCACCAUCAACAUAUAAUUUAAGGAAAAGAAGUGGAGACAAUUUACCUCUUCGAGAUGUUGAGGAUAGAUGCACUGUAUCAGUCGAAUGCCAUGGGCUUCCAUCAAAAAUGAAGAAGUGAUUUUAUUUUUAAAUGCAAUACUGUGUUUCCAGUAGCUUUUUGGCUAAUUUUGAGUGACAGAUUUGAGAAUGGUGUGAGUAUCCAACUUUGUAUGUAGAAGGGAAAAAAGAAAUGUUUUUAUAAA